UUGACUUGAUUUGAUUUUGAGUGUGAAGGCACAGGCACAGGCAAUCAAGAUGGCGCGUGAUCACGACGAAUCAUUUGCACGGUUCAAUUUCCCGGACCAAAUUGUUAAUUUUCUCCUUGAUGCUCAGGUUGACCCCGAUAAUCCGGAUAAAAUUGUUGAAAUCGAGACACAGCAGCCGCUUCAAUCAACAUCCGGAACAAACGCUGAUCAUUCACUGCGCCGGCCCGGAGGAGCGCACCAGCGGCUUCAAUCAACAUCCGGCAAAAACGCGGACCAUUCGCCGCACGCGCCCGGCGGAGCGCACCAGCAGCCGCAAUCAACAUCUGGCUGGGAAAAGAUUCCGAAGGAAGAGGGCGGAACGGAACAGGUGCUGUUGGGAUAUUUUGUCCGAUCGCCACCUUGCCCCAGAGGCGCUCAGAUACCUGCUGCGAACGAGAUACAGCAGCCGCUUCAAUCAACAUCCAACAUUCAAUUGAAUUCGAGUGCUGCAGGUUAUUUGAUUUUAAAUAAAAUUCUACGUAAAAAUUCAAAA